AUGGCGGCAACAUCAUCUUCUUCAUUCACUCAACUGCACCAACCUCUGAGGUCCAUUAGCUUGCCCUCCAGAAUACACCCAACUUGCCUUAAAUUUGAAGCAGCAUUAACCCACCUCAAACAAAUCUGUCCAAGCUGUCCCAGAAGAUCAGUUGUUUCUGGGGCUGACAAACUUGAAAUUAGGCUAAUUGGUCUGGCGGAGUUGUACAAUAUUGUCCAGGAAAUCUUUCACUCUCCCCACAAAAAACUUGCACUCUUACGUUACCAAAAUGGGAAGCUAGUGGAGGAUGCACUUAAUGGAUCAGCUAUAUUGCUAGACACUUGUGACACUGCAAGGAAUAUAGUGUUGACAACGAAAGAACAUGUGCAGAGGCUGCAAUCCGCUUUGCGUAGAAGGGCGAGGCAAGAUUACUCAAGCGACGUAAAUGCUUAUAUUAGUUUCAGAAAGAAAGCGAAAAGGGAGAUUGUUAAAACCCUUGGAGCUUUAAAGAAAAUGGAGAGCAAAGGCUAUCUCUGUCCUCUCGUGGAUGCAGAUGAUGAUCAAAUGAUAGUGAUCAAAAUUUUAAGAGAAGCAACAGCCAUUACCGUCUCCAUUUUCAGGUCUCUUUUGGUAUUCUUGCAGUAUUCGACAAAGACAAAGCCAUUAAUGAUCUCAAAGUUGAUUCCUUUGAGACCAUCAUCAUCUGAGAUCAUAAUCAAUGAGGUGGAGAGAGUGGAUUUCGCUCUCUGCAAGAAUGCCACAUGGACCCAAGUUGAAACGAUUCACGACAUGCUACACACUCUUUCGUCUCGCGUUCAUGGACUAGAGGCCGGAUUAGAUUUCGUGUUUAAGUCUCUUGUUCAAAAUAGAGUUUCUUUCCUUAACAUCCUCACUAGUUUCUAG